CAAGUUGGAAAGUGCGCUAGACGGAGGAUAUCUGCACCCAAGAUAUCGAAUUUGGUUUUUUUUUUUUGUUGGUGACGACACGGAGAAAGGCACGGACAUCGGGCAACGCACCUCAAUUUCCAUUUCAUAAACAUGUUGUUCCCUUCGGCAACGCGGCUGCUGGCCGCCGCCAGCGUCCUCUCGGCGGCCCUGGCCCACAACAUCGGGCUCCCUGCCCAUGGCCGCGAGUGCUUCUACGAGAACCUGCACAAGGACGACAAGAUGACCGUGACGUUCCAGGUUGGCGACAGGGAGUUUGGCAGCGCGGGAAACCUCGACAUUGACUUUUGGAUAACAAACCCUGAAGGCCAGUACGAGACGUUUUCCAAGUCGACCUCGAACGGCGACUACAGCUUCACGGCGCACCUAGACGGGCAGUACACGUACUGCUUCGGCAACGAACACUGGGGCGCCACCAGCAAGGAGGUGUCGUUCAACGUGCACGGCAUCGUCUACGUUUCGGAGCACGACCAGCCCCAGGACCCGCUCGAGUCAUCUGUCCGCCAGCUGUCGGAGCUGCUGGCCCAGGUCAAGGACGAGCAGAGCUACAUCAUCCUGCGCGAGCGCACCCAUCGCAACACCGCCGAGAGCACGAACAGCCGGGUCAAGUGGUGGAACUUGUUCGUUAUUUGCUUCAUCAUUGGCGAGUACGUCUUUCAGGUCUGGUGGCUCAGGAGGUUCUUUGAGGUCAAGAGGGUGGUUUGAGUGAGAACAGAGAGUGGAAGGGGGCUGGUGACUUUGUGUUUUUGGGCGGUUCGGGGCUGGAAAAGUGAUUCGGGGGUGGCUAAUACGGGCAGGUUUAGACACCAUUGUUGAUCCAGACUGUGUGGUUUUGAGAUAGAAAGCCGGAGAUUUUGCGCAAUGUUCUGUGAAACGCUGUACAAUCAAGACCGUAGUGGGCCAAAGAUCUGAAUACUUCCAAAUGUGGAUGGUGGAGUAAGAAAUACAUAACAAAAUUAACCCUUUUAAGUCACUCAUCACGCAUUGAUGCACCCGGA